GACGAUAAGUACGAAAACUAAAACAUCGUUGGGGCGCUUGUGUCAUUUAGUCUAUAAUCAGUUCUCGCCGUCGACUGGCUCGAAGUGCCACAGUAAAACUCAUCGACUAAAUUGUCAUUUUGUUUUGAUAAAAAAAUCUUGUGACUGUGUGACGUUAUUUAUCUCAAAGAACUUAUCGAAUUAAAUUAAGAUUAAAUGUCAAUAGAAUAUAAAGUGAACGAAAACAGGGAACGGUGGCCUAUUAGUUUGUCGAAUAAAAAAUAUCAUGACAAAACGUGUUUGUGUUGUUGGUGCUGGCAUAGCAGGGAUCUCUGCUGCCAGAUACUUAAAGGAAGAAGGGAUUGACUUCACAGUCUACGAAUCUACACAAUAUGUCGGCGGGACGUGGAGGUUUGACCCCAGAGUGGGUACAGACGAGAACGGUCUACCUCUACACACUAGUAUGUACAAAAACUUGAGAACAAAUCUACCAAAACCUACAAUGGAACUUAGAGGGUUUCCCUUACCUGAACACCUCCCAUCAUUCCCCAGUUGGCGAGAUUACUACCAGUACCUACAAGAUUACUCGAAACAUUUCAAUAUACUCGAUAAUAUUAAGUUCCUCCACAAUGUACUCCUAGUUAGAAGGGUGGGAGAUGUGUGGCGAGUCAAACAUCAACAUGUUAAAACAAAGGAAACAUUUGAAGAUGAAUAUGAUUACAUAAUCGUCGCAAACGGACAUUUCAGCAAACCAAACAUGCCUAACAUACCUGGAGAAGAUCGUUUUAAAGGCACAAUUAUUCACAGUCACGACUAUAAGGAGCCAGAACCGUUUAGAAAUCGACGUGUCUUAAUUGUUGGGGCUGGUCCCUCUGGAGUGGACAUUGGUCUCGAUGUAGCCGAAGUUGCUAAGACCUUAGUCCAUAGCCAUCACUCUAAAAUCAAUUUCAGUACUCCGUUCCCCCCACACUACCAUAAAAAACCAGAUAUCCAAGAGUUUAAUGAGACUGGUGUCAUAUUCAAAGAUGGUAGCUACGAGGAGAUUGAUGAUGUUAUCUAUUGCACAGGUUUCCAGUACGAUAUUCCAUUCCUAGACGAGUCCAGUGGGCUGACCUUAAGCCCUAAAAGCAUAGUGCCGCUAUACAGGUACAUGGUGAACAUCAAUCAGCCUUCCAUGAUCCUGAUGGGAUUAAUCGUCAGAGCGUGUUUGGUCGUUGCCCUGGACGCUCAGGCAAGAUACGCCACAGCCCUAGUGAAAGGAAACUUCACUCUACCGCCACAAGAAGAUAUGAUGCAGGAGUGGCAGAAGAGAAUGAACGCGAUCCGGUCUAAGGGACUCCCAGCCUCAUACAUACACAUUCUUGCCGAAAAAGAGGACCAAUACUACGCUGAACUUUCAGAAGAAUCCGGCAUCGAACGAGUACCGCCAGUAAUGUUCAAGAUUCGAACACAAGACAUUCAAGCGAAGUUAGAAAAUUUCUACACGUUCAGAAACUACGUGUACACUGUAAUUGACGACCAGAACUUUGUGAGGCAUGAUGAGGAUCCAGCAGUUAGGAGAGGAUUAACGCUGUAAAUAGAGACUAAAAUCCAUUUUACCCAGCUUUAGGUUUGGUAAAGA